CUUUCAAUUUUCUGGACUGUAAGCCAUAAAUUGGGGCCAGGUUUGUGCAACAAAAAUAAGUUCCAGCGUGAAAAAUGACAUUUUGGGGGAUUGAAGUGCGGCCAGGAAAACCUUACACACACCCAUGCAAUAAAGAUGGGGCACGACUUCAUAUUUCCCAGGCUACAUUAUCAUAUGGGGGUAGCAAAUCGACACAGAGGAGUGUGGUUCAGUGCAACGUGGGAAAAUCAAGGCCAGUUCUUCUCUGCUCUUUGUUGCCUGAUAAAAUAGAGACAAGCCCAUUGGAUCUUGAGUUUCAGGAAGAUGAAGAAGUCAUAUUUUCUGUUCUUGGCCCCCAAGCCAUCUAUCUCACUGGUUAUCAUCUGAAUCUCAGUCGCAAUCAUUUGAACAGAUAUGAUGAUGAUACCGAAUCUUAUGGGGAAGACAUUGGUGAGACUGAAAGUGAUCCAUCUAAAGAAUCUGAAGAGGAGGACUAUGAAACGGAUGAUAGUUUUAUCAAUGAUGGAGAUCCCGGAGAACAAUCUCCUUCACCUCAGACUAAGACCAAAAGUGGAGAUGAGCUCUUCCAUGUUUCUCCAAGAUCUACUAUUGGAAGGAAAAACAAGUUUAAUCCUAGACGCAAGCGUCUUAAGAAAAAGUAUCAAGUAAAUGACUCUGAUGAGGACAAGGAUGGUUCCCAACAACGGGCAACCAAGAAGGAAUCCACUACUGUUUUGAAUUUAGAUAGUGAGGAAGAAGAUAUGUGCUUAAUAUCUUCAUUGUUCAAAAGCAAAACUUUGGUUAAAAAUGAGGAAAUGGUGAAAAAAUCAAUUACAAAGACGCCUGAAGAUGGCAAACAAGAGAAGUUGGUCGAUGAUGGUGGUAGAGUUAAGUGCUCAAAAAGGAAGAUUGAUACUGCCAUAGGGGAAAGUAAAGUGGACCAGCUUUGUAAUCCUUCAUUACCAUCUGUUGCUGAUAGCAUUGAUGAUAGCAAUAGCAUCAAUGGGACACAAAAGGAGAAAAGAAAGAAAAAGAAAGAAAUUGUUUUCCAGGGAAAGAACCUUGACGAUAGGAUGCACAUAGACCAACAUCAACUUAUGGGUGACUGCAAGAGUGAUGCCUAUAAAGAGAAUGGGCAGUGCAAGGAAUUAGAGAAUAAAAACAUGGGCAAGGAGCAAACUAUCGGAGAUGAACUUCAUAGAAAGCUCAUUAAUGAUAUGAGAGUAAUUGAUGCUCAUAUUAUUGGGGAUAGUGAGAAGCUAAAGAAGAAGAAAGACAAGGUGAAUAAACCCAAACACACUAUCACUGGGGAGGAUGACAGUGAGGAUCUCGAGUCAAAAGAGCCUUAUCUUCAAAUCAAGGAACUUGAUCCAAUUAAUAGUAGUGCUCAAGAAUCCAAUUCAAAUCUAGAAGACCAGGACAGGAAGCUAAAGAAGAAGAAGAAGGGUGAUAAAAAUAAACACAUGACCAGUGAGGAUGAUGACAGUAAACCCCCUCAACUAAAGGGGUUUUUUCUUGAAAAUGUGGAAGUCAAUCCAAUUGUCAGUGAUGUUCAAGAAUUCAGUGCACAUCCACAAGAUGAGAAUGAAAAGCUAAAGAAGAAGCAUACGAAGAAGGGUGCUAAAACCAAAACCACAACGACUGGGGAUGAUGUCAGUGAACCUCUUCAAUCAAAGGGCCCUUGUCUUGACAGCAUGGAAUUUGAUCAACAAGUUGAUAAUGAUCGGAGAUCAAAUGCAGAUCUGCAAACUGAGAAGAUUCAUGGCUCGGAGGUGGAGGAGGUCAUUGAUGAAAAUGAAAUUAGAGUCAAGAGGAAGAAAAAGAGCAAAAGUCAUGAAAGUGAUGCAACUCCACUUCCAGAUACCAGUAAUGGCAAUUAG